AUGGGCGCUGUAGGUUUAAUACAAAAUUUCCCAUAUGCCGCAAUUUUUAGAUGAUAUCUAGGAUGUUAGCCUACUGAAACUGUUUCUUACUGUUUAUGAUGCUUGAACAGAACCAGUUAUCAAAUGUUUACUGAUAACCGAGGAUCAGUUAACUACUUCAGAUAAUUCAUUUGUUUUCGUUCCAAAAAUAGUACACCGGUUUUAAAAGAUGAGAACAUAAUUUUGUAAUAAAAACUGGAAUACGUUUUAUGUUCCAAUGCAUUUAAAUUCAUUCAUUAACAAUUCGGCGCCAUUUUAUAGUCUCAGUCUUCAACCAGGCUUCCAGUGUGUUGUAAUGCGAGGAUGAACAAAGAGCACGCUAGACAACCACCAUCCAGUUAUUCUCAUCACGAAUUCACAAAUUUAGUUCCAGCCAAUUAAUUAAUUUUGUAAAAAAACCAGAUAGGUGGAUUUGAUGGAGUUAAGCUGUUCCCAACGUUGUCCGAAAAAAGAAGAGGUUGCUUGCGCGUCUUCUGUUUUAAAAAUGAACAUUUCUCAGUAAAAACGUCUUCUGAGAACUGUGACGUACACAAGAGGAAGCUUAUAUUCCCCGAUAUAUGGUUUCAGCAGUUAGCAAAAUGUUUAAUUUCCCUCAGAAACGUGAAGACUCACGGGCGGUGCUAUGAACUAGCACGGGGGGACAACUCCUAUGAUUUAUUUUAUGGAAUGGAAAUAGUGUGUGUGUAGUGAGUAAAAGACUGGAGAUGGGUAAGUCGAAACACGUGCUGGCGGUCGACUUCGAUAUUCUCUUUGGUUCAAUGAAUUUUGUGCCUCAGCGAUGCUGCAUAGCACGGUGAAAGUUGUCUAUUUAGCUAAAACAGCGUUAAGCGACAUUUCUUUAUCCGCAGUCAGGUAGAAAACGUAUUGUGCUUUCAAUUGGUAUGGUUCGGUUUAAUUAUCUUGAAACGCAGAAGAUUUCAGACCUUAACAGAGUUUUCCUAUGCUUAAAGUAAUUUGGCUACAUUAAUAGAAUUCUACGUAAAAAGACGCCGCACAACUCAGCAAAAACCACACGGGACAGAUUUACGGUCUCAUCACGAUAGGGUGUUAGUAAAUUUUUUGAAUGAAAUUUGAAAUAAUCCCCCGACCCAUACAUGCAUGAGGCAAAAGAGUUACUGUCUAUGAGUCUACUGUAAAUGUUUUAUAACUUGAAUCAAAUAAAAUUACAGCAGAAAUUCAGUCCUUCAAUCGCAACUUGUAAGUGUUGCUUCCUCGUAAUUAAAAAAAUUCAAGUAAACAAGAGAGAGUGUUUUUUUAUUUUAAAACCAGUUCCGACUUCCUGGGCGCAUCCUUCCAAUCCUCCCUCUGAUUGCAACCAUUGCUAUGCUAAGCCAAUUUCCGCAGAUCUCAUCGUCAAUGGUUCUGGGUGAAAACGAACUCUACGACCUUGAUGAAGUCGCGGAUGACCCGCAGUUCUUGAACAGUAUAUUAGAAUUGGCGAAAAGGCCGAGAUUUUUGACGCGUCUGGGCAAACGCGGCCGGAAUUUCCAAGCUCGACUCGGAAAACGAACAAUGCAUUGGCAACCUAAGUACCUGUAAGUUCAUGUCAAUAAAUAAAACUUCCAAUGUCAGUCGUUUUCUGACUUUGAUGAGCUUAGACAGUCCUCUAGAAAUGCCAAAGAUCAUGUAAACUAUUUACUUACCGUCGAUUUCUAUCUGAGCAAUUUCUGACAUUAUGAAAACUAGGAGAUUUAAAAAAGACAGGUUUAUUUGCCAGAACAAUGGACAUACGAUCACUGCAUCCCAGAUUAGUAUUCAAAAAUACUUUAUAAGUCUGUAUAAAAAUUCACUUAUCUCCCUAUACCGGCAAAAGCUGCUAAUAGUGAAAAGUAUGCAUUGUAGAAGUCCUUCGUCCAAAAUGCGUUUGCCGUCUCCCCCUACUCUAUCAAGCGUUUGAAAAAAACUCCAAAACGCCAAAUUUACAUAGCUCUUGUUCCGUCAGUUGAGCUUACCUCCUCUCUUCUACCACUUGAAACUCUCCUUUCGCAUGUAUCAACAACAACGCAGUCGUAAAAAUUACGUAUAGUUAUUAUAAUUUUAUCAAAUUUGUACUUCUGAAAAUUGGGCUUAUUCCAACCUCCACUGAAUCUCAGCGCAGUGAUAUUGUACCUCAUUAGCAGGCGGCCACAUAGCAAAGGAAAGGUUCGACAGGCAUUUAAAUAAACUUCGUCCGGAUUUGAAUAUUUUUAUAACUAACGAAGAUGUAAAUGUAAUUGAACAUCCGCACGUACAUGCAGAUUACACACAGGGUUUAGGCCAGAAUUUUUUUGCAAGAUAAUGAGUCAGUACCUCCUUAAACACUUCGCUGCAGGUGGUCGUGGAGAUACUCACGUUCACAUGAUGAUGAAUGGUGUUAAUUGUAAACUUUUGUUUUAAAGUACGGUGACAGCCAACCAAAGACGUUCCUCGAACAACUUAAUCGAGAGGUAAAUAUUAGAUGAUUUUUUGGUGCUCCUUCGGCUCAUUGACAGGUUUUGUUUUUCAUUUCGCUCUUAGGCCGCAAACGGAGUUAGCCUAA